AUGGCAGCAGCUGAGCUCUGCGAUCCGGGGUAUGGCAUUCCACCCACUGCCGCAGUGGUUGGUGCGACUGAAAGGGGUACGCCUCGUGUGUUCUGUGGAGCAAGUCGCUGCGGGAUGUCUGUGCGGCGGGUGCCAUGGAAGCUGAUGCGGCUCCCGCUGCAGCAUACGCGGCAGAGUCAGCACAAACCUCAGCAGAGUGCAGACGCUUCUCCCGUUGAAGGAUUCGCUGUUCUUGCUGCUGCAGCGUGGCCAUCAACUGCAGGGGCUGAAGCUGCUGAAGCUGCUGCUGCUGGAGCUGCUGAAGCUGCUGCUCCUGUGCAUACAUUAGAGGGGCACCGAAAGAAUACUGCAGAGGGGCAGUCGUCCAUUUCGGCAAAUUUUCAGCAGGGUCAGGCCCUGCAGGCUCCAUUAACCAGGUUGGCUGCAUCUGCUGCUGCUGGGGUAGCCGCUGCGGCAACACUUGAAGCUGUGGUUGCUCUUGUUGAAGCGCGUGUUUUUCGGUGGUAUAGUAGUGGUAGUUGGAUGGAACGCAUGAUGGAUACACCUCCUGCGGCUCCAGUGCGCAUCUUGGCUCGGUCUCUUGCUGCUGCUGCUGUUGCUGCUCCUGCCACGCCAAGUCGUUCUUGUGCAAUUGAGGCUGAGGCGGCCGACUGCAGAGCCGCGCAACAGCCGUGUGCUGCUGCUGCUCCUGCCGCUGCAGCAAUGACUAGGUUCUCGACUCUCCGGGAGGGAUCUGUGGCUGCUGUAGCCGCAGCAGCCGCAGCAGCCGCAGCAGCCGCCGCAGCAGCAGGAGCUCAAGGCCGCCAGCAGGAGCAGUCUCAACGCCAGCAGCAGCAACAACGGCAGCUACGCACACAGCCGAUCGCGAAUUCAAACAGCAUCAGUGAGGGCGAAGAUGAUGUGCCCCUGCACCUCGGCGUCAGCUUGAUGCUCCUUUCAAACGUCACUCGACACAAGCUUGCGCUCGAUGCCAUCUUCUCUCCGCACCUGCCACUUCCAGAACAAGCCAUAAGGUACCUGAGGCGUCAUGGGGGCUGCUCUGAUGGUUCGCUGGUGGUUGUGUCGGGAUGUCCAGCAAUGCGAGCUUGCGCUCCUUCGGGGUGUCAAGCGUUUGGCGAUCUCCAGCUGCAUGAAAAAUUACAGACGAAUCUCAGAUGUGCAUCAUCUGGAAGGCAAUAUGCUUUAUGCCUCACUCUCAGGGACAAAGUGGAGCAGAUGGUGCACGUUCUGGUAUUCUCAGAAGAGGAGCUGCAGCAACAAGACAGGCAGUUGCAACAAACCAGCUAUAAGAGGGCGCUGUGUGCUGGAGAUGCCGAUGAAGCAUCCGGCGCGGACGCUGUUCAAAGCUCCUAA